AUGGCUACUCAACUGAUGAAUGAUGCCUUGCACGGCCUGCUCCGAAGAGCUGCUGAAGACUCUGAUCCCGAUGAUGCUCCAGAAGCCGGGACGAAAGAGAUGUCGAGCUCAUGGGCAUUGUUCAUUAUGAUCAUGCUGCUGAUGUUCGCGCUCUUCACAAGUUAUAUCCUGCAGCAGAAGAAGAUCCAAGCUGUGCAUGAAACCGUUCUAUCGAUUUUCGCAGGGAUGUUCGUUGGUUUGAUCAUCCGCCUGACACCCAAAUCUACCCUUCAGGAUAGCGUCGCCUUCGACUACCAAUUCUUCUUUAACCUCCUCCUUCCUCCGAUUAUUCUUGCCUCCGGAUACGAGCUUCACCAAGCGAAUUUCUUCCGGCACAUUGGCACCAUCCUUACUUUUGCGUUCGCGGGAACCUUUAUUUCCGCAAUCGUUCUCGGCCUAGUCUUGUACCUAUGGACACGCAUCCCGUUGAACGGGCUGAACAUUUCCUUCGUCGAAGCUAUAUCUGUCGGCGCAACUCUCUCCGCCACAGAUCCUGUCACCAUUUUAGCGAUCUUCAACCUUUACAAGGUCGAGCCGAAGCUGUAUACCAUCAUUUUUGGCGAGUCGAUUCUCAACGAUGCGAUUGCUAUUGUGCUUUUCGAGACCGCCCAGAAGUAUACCGAGAGCGCGGCUGGAACUCUGACGUUCCUCAACUUCUUUGAGGCCGUUGGGCUCUUCUUGCUUGUGUUCUUUGGUAGCAUGGUUGUCGGCAUGCUUGUGGGAAUUGCGACCGCCCUGGGCCUUAAGUAUACCCACGUGCGACGCAUGCCCAAGAUAGAGAGCUGCCUCAUCAUUUUGAUUGCAUACGCCAGCUACUUCUUCUCCAACGGUGUGCAUUUGUCUGGAAUUGUGUCUCUUCUGUUCUGUGGAAUCACUCUCAAGCAUUAUGCAUACUACAACAUGUCGCGCCGCACCCAGUUGACCACCAAAUAUUUGUUCCAGGUGAUGGCUCAACUGUCGGAGAACUUCAUCUUUAUCUACCUCGGUUUGGAUCUGUUUGUCGAAGCCAACCUCCAAUUCAACCCCUUGUUCAUCUUGGUGGCCGUCUUCGGCAUCUGUUUGGCGCGCUAUCUCGCGGUGUUCCCGCUUUCCAAGGCGAUCAAUUGGUUCAUUCGGUAUCGCGCUCGUCGUCGUGGUGUGGAGGUCGCUGAUGAGCUGCCAUUUGCUUACCAAGCCAUGCUGUUCUGGGCUGGUCUCCGCGGUGCCGUCGGUGUCGCACUCGCAGCAGGACUAACUGGAGUGAACGCCCCGGCGCUCCGUGCAACAGUCCUCGUGGUCGUGGUGCUGACCGUCAUCAUCUUCGGUGGAACCACAGCACGUAUGCUCGAGAUCCUCGGCAUUCGAACCGGUGUGGUCGAAGAGCUCGACUCAGAUGAUGAAUUUGACACAGAAGUCACCCACGGAGGUACCUAUUACAAGCGCUCCGGUGCAAGCAUCGGCUACACCCCAAGACGCACCGACUCGACCAUCCCGCUCGACGGUCUCACGACAGACCCCAAUGCCUCACGUGCCGGCCUCGGAGAGAGGGCAGACAGCUACUCAAGCGGUAACAACCGCCGUCCAAGCCCCCCGUACACCCACACGCGCAUGUACUCCGCCGCCUACAGCAACAAGGACCAGUCCUGGCGCGACCGCCAAUCCGCCGCAACGCUCCUCAACGGUGGUUCUGGCCCCAGCGCUGGCGAAGGCAGCGACGACGAGUUCGGUCUCCCUCCUACGGGUAACAAUCACAACCACCCCACCCACCCAGACGAGUUCGACAUCGACAUCGAUGGGAUUUCCGACGACGAUCUUCCCCCAGCAGCAAAUGGUGCUUCGCGUCUCCGACGCUCCCCCUCCCAGCCGCCUCGUCCCGCCAGUGUCCCCUCCCCCAGCGCGGCUGCAUCAACCAGUGUCUCUCCCUCCCGCCAUGCCCCUGGACUCACUGCCCGCGAGGCCCUACGCGAUCUUUUCUCGGGCGGCGCUUCGGGUGACCAUGCGGCGUGGUUCCGGCAGCUUGACGAGGACUACAUCAAGCCUACCUUGCUGUUGGAUCAGUCUAACCACAAGGGACCCGGGCCUGGUGCUGUUUAA